CUCUUUGGAUGUCAUUUUGGUAUUAUGAAAUCGCUUCUGCUAUGACACAUCAUAAAUAUUUUAUUUGAAUAUCAUAGCUUAAGUGAAUGUUUUUUUACCAAAUUUAAAAUUAAAACAUGCCGAAAUAUUACAGGUUCAGGGCCACAACGCCUACGCGUAAGGCUAGGCAAAUUAAGGAGAAAGAUAUUAAGAGGGAAGUACAAAAACCCGAGUAUCCAUACAAUCUGCCUGAAGACAUCCUGACCGGCCUGACCAGCCUGACGCUGGUGUGCGCGGCGCCAUCUUGGUAUCUGCGCCGCACCGCGUGGCGUGAGAGCCCCACGAUCGCAGGCCCGCUGCGACAGCUCUCGUCUGUCGCUGGACGCGCCGUCUUCAUCGUCAAGCCGUCGUGGUGAAGGCUUCUAACAUUGCAAGCAAGUUUCCUAACAUUGUAGUCUCAAUGAACAACGGUCGUUUAUUCAUAACGUAUAACAGUGCAAAAGUUUUAAUUGUUAUUCAGUCAUUAAUGUCCAUAAAGCUGCCUUUCCACGGAGACGAGAGGAAUCAACCAAUAGCAUUGGUUAUAAUCCACAUCUCCGCUCCGCUGGAUUUAGAUUUACUUGUACUACAAUAUUGGUUGAUUCCUUUCAUCUCAGCCUUAGUGGAAAGGUAGCCUUAUUCCUCUUGCUCGCCUUUCGCGAAACGCACGCGCACUUUACAGUAGGUUCACAAAGUGCACGAAAACAGCGAUAUUUUUGUAAAUAGGUACUUAGUUCGCAAAUGACGCGAGUGCCAGAUUUUCUUGGUCUGCACGACAUAGAUUUUCUCAUUGUGUAUUUUUGGUUGACUAACUGAACUUUCUCAACGAUUAGUCGGGUUUUCAGAGGUAUAACUGGCUAAUGUUAGAUACCUAUGUUUUUUGUGAAUAAAAUUGUUGUGUUAUAGCUAAUAAGUACCUACUUAAAAUGUUUAUACGACAACGGUUUCACUCACUUGAAUUUUUAGUUGCAAUUGGCGACAUGUUAAAAAAAAAAUCAAGUGAGUGAAACCGUUAUCGUAUAAACAUUUUAAAAUAUGUCUCACGAAAGUUUAAUAUCGAAGUACCUACUUAAUUAGUUUUCCAAUUUUCUUUAAAUCCUGGACAAUUUUAAUGAAAU